AAUGUAAUUAUUAUCAUGUUCUUUUUUCAUUCAAUAUAUUUUUGUGUUCUCAAAGUAGUGUUGUUGACUAAACCUCUGAAAUUAUAUUGAUUGUGCACAGGCUUCCAAUUCCAAGAAUACCACAAAAAUACUUCUUGUUGGAGCGAUAGACGUUGGAACGACAUUCUCCGGUUGGGCCUUUUCUUUUAAACAUGAAUACGAAAAGGAUCCGACAAAAGCAACGACAAAACAUUGGCUGUCAAACUCAGGAACAUUAGUGACAGAAAAAACACCGACAUGUGUAUUGGUAAAUCCCGAUGGUAAAACAUUGAAAGCGUUUGGGUACGAUGCCGAAAACGAAUAUAGAAAAUUAAUUGAUAUUGGAGAAGAUGCAAAUUACUAUUUUUUUAAACGGUUUAAAAUGAAACUCUAUUCGAAGAUUGAAGAAGUAAGUUGUAAUAUGUAUUGAUAUCUAAUAGGAUUUUCAAAAUUCUUUGCUAUAUUGUGUUGAAGUUCUUUGAAAUUGUAAUUGUUGGACGAUCAUUAUUGGUACUUGUAAUGGUUGACUAGGUUUCUUUCGAAACUGGGCAUUAUUUAGAUUUGCGAAAGUCUGCAGACAUGCGUAAUAAAAUUCUCCUAUGUGCAACUUUAGAGAUUUCAGACAAAAACCUAUAAUAAAACUGUUGAUUUAAAUUGCUAUGAUGCUAUUGCCGGGGGUUUGCGACUGAAUCAUAUUCACAAAACAAUGGCUCAUUUCACAGAUGUGAUAGAUGCGAAGAAGAUUUUUUCGAAGAACACACCUACAUUUUUCAAGGAUGUGUCAAUCAAUAUUUCACAACUAUCGUCAUCGACUGCCUAUUUGAUUUUGUCAUGCAAUCAAUUUCGACAGGAAAUCUGGUUAAAUAGUAUUUGAUUGAAAAUUUACCUAAGUAGAUACUAGCCGCAAAUAGUGACCCGUGCUACAUCUCAGUGCAUUUCUUAUUUUUUUAGGAUUUUUUUUAUUUCUUGUAUCUUAUUGUUUGUAGAUACAUUAUCAGGUUAUUGUGAUCAAGUUCUCCGGGAAAUACUUAAGAUUUUGGUCUUUAUUUUAUUAACAAAAUGCAUUGCUGUUUAUAAAUAAAUUUUACAGAGAACUGUCAUAUUUAGACAUGAUUGUAAGUGAUCUAUUUUCAUAUAAUUAUUGGAAGAUAUGUAAGAAAGUUCUAUUGCAAACAUACUUUGAUUACAUUUUUAAUUACUUUAUAUAAUAUUAUAUUAGGGCUUAAGAAGAAACAUGACUAUCGAAGACGAAUUUGGCAGAUCUCUUCUAGCAGCUGAUGUCUUUGGAAUAUCAAUCAAGUUCUUGGUAGAUGACAUGCUGAAUGCUGUAAACAAAGGAAUACAUGGUUUAUUCAAACCAUCUGAAAUUCACGUGGUUAUAACAGUUCCUGCAAUAUGGUCCGAUGCCGCAAAGCAAUUCAUGCGUGAGGCUACCAAGAAAGCUGAAAUAACUAAAGAACGGCUUACGAUGGCUUUGGAAUCCGAAGUGGCUUCUUUGUACUGCAGGCAUCUGCAUAUUCAUAAACCGUGUGAGCUUAGCAAUGCAUGUAUGGACAAGCUGCCGAUCGGUACCAAGUACAUUGUCUUAGAUGCAGGGGGUGGAACAAUAGACGUUACAGUGCACGAGAUAAAAAGUGAACAUACCUUAAGAGAAGUUAGACCUGCAAGUGGUGGCGAUUGGGGAUGUAUAAUGGUUGACAAGGAAUUUGAAAACUUGGUAGAACGUAUUGUAGGAGAAAAAGUUUUUGAAAAGUUCAAACAAGAAGAAAAGGAAGAUUGGCUUGACAUGCAACGAGAAUUUGAGUUAAAGAAACGAGAGACGAAAGUGAAUAGUGCUGAUAAAAUAAGGAUGCGAUUUCCUCUUUCCUUAACUAAGCUUUACGAAAAACACUCGGAGAAGGACAGUUGUACUUCUUUAGCAUCGUCUGGGUAUGCAGGAAAGAUUAACUUGAAAAAUGAUAAGAUGACGAUACCCAACACAGUCUUUGUUGAACUUUUUGACAAAUCAGUGACAAAGACGAUUAGUCAUCUGAAGUCCCUGCUGGCCGAGGACUCAUUUAAAGAAGCGAGAAUUUUACUGAUGGUUGGUGGUUACUCUGAAUCGCUGGUCUUACAACAUGCGGUGAUAGAAGCGUUGCCGAAAUUCAAGUCGUGAUACCCGCAGGGGCUUCAUCGGUUGUAUUAAGGGGUGCUCUACUUUAUGGGCAUAACCCUUCAUCAAUAAGUGAAAGGAGUCUACAAUAUACCUACGGUACUGAUACAUCAAAACCUUUCAUUGAGGGAUUUCACCAAGCGAACAAACGUUACAUAUCAAAAGACGGGGAAAUUAGAUGUUCACGUAUCUUCAGCAAAAUUGUUACAAUUGGACACAUUUUAGAAACGGACGAAAGAAAAGUAACAAAGACAUAUACAUGUUCAACUUUAAAUGGUAAGAAAUCUGGGUUCUUAAACAUUUAUGCUUCAAAGGAACGAGAUCCAUUUUACACAGAUGAUGCCGGUUGCCAUAUGAUAGGAAGACUUCUGACAGAUUUAGACGAGGAAAGAAAUAGUAAAGUAACAGUAUCUUUGUUUUUUGGCGGAACAGAGAUCAUCGUAGGGUUGGAAGAUCAAUGCACUGGUAAAAAGUCGAUAACCUCUGUUGACUUUCUUGGUUAAAACUAAAACAAGUAAACAGUUUUGAAAAUUUGCCGUGCUAGCUUAAUUAUGGAGCUUUUCGCAUAGACAAUUAUUACAAUAAUUUAAAAUCAAUGCAAUGAAAGAAUUCAUUUCAAACCAAAUUUUAGUGCUAUGUACGGGUGUCAAAAUACCGUGAAAGUACUUUUUUCUGCGGGAACUUUUUUUCUGUUAUUUCUGCGGUUUAUAACGACACCACAGAUUUAAAAACCGCAGAAAAUUAAGCCUUUCGCUAUGUCUACAUGUAUGUCUUAAUAUGUCAACUACCUGUAUUGUAUGAUUACAUUACCAUGUACCGUUAUCAGCUGUUGUAGAUAGGAAUAAUUUUUCUUUAUGUAUCCGUCAUGAAUAAAAUAUGAGAAAAAAAUUACUUUACUUGUACUUUCUGUUAAGCCCGCAGAAAUAAGUACUUAUACGGUAUCUAUAAAAAUAUAUAUUGUGUGAGUGAGAAGAUCUACAAGGGAGAACAAGGGUUAAGAAAUAUUGCUAGCCUCAAAAUAACUUUCUGAAUAAUAUCAAAUUGGGCACUGUACAGUCCAUGAAGUGGCUAAAAAGAGAUACAUACAAUAGGAACCCUUUUAAAUGUUAUUUUUGUUUAAAAAAUGCAGUUUAUUAACCUUGGUUAAAGUAAUAUUUAUGUUUAAAAGUUCUGCGUUAUCAUUUUACUUUUAUGACAUUUAAGUUUUACGUAUUUUAAAUAAUUGUAAGUACAAAAACUACACUGC